UACGUCUCCACUUUGCAGUAGUAAAUUACGGCAUUGAUCUCAACGACGAGUGCGGAUCUGUCUCUCGUGUUCGCCAUUUCUUCGACGGACCGACUUGGAGAAACGCUCGAGAGAGAGAGAAGAAACUUCCCAUCCUGCGUGUCUGUGAGGACCCCUGGUCAUGUCUGUUUAGCUCCCCUGCGUGAUGCCUGAUCAUGACAGCACCACCCUCCUAACCAGACAGACCAAGCGCCGACGUGUCGACAUCGGGGUGAAAAGAACUGUGGCUAGUGCGUUAUUCAGCCACGCCAGGGAGACCCUGUUUGAUAGCAUGAACCAAUCACACGGCCUCGAUCGGGACGGAGACUGCUCGCUGGUCAGUCACGGACAUGGCGGCGCCAAAGGUGACGGAGAGAAGUCCAAUGUUUUGAGGAAGUUGCUGAAGAGGGCCAACUCGUACGAAGACGCAAUAAUGCCUUUCCCUGGUGCUACCAUCAUCUCUCACCUGCUGAAGAAUAACAUGGGGAAGAAUGGAGGGAGUGACUCAGGCUUCCAGGGGAGUGGAGCUCUGUCCAGUGGAGGCUCAGAGAUCCACGCAGAGGAUGCCUGCAGCAACUCCUCCCGCGACCGAGACAGCCCGUCCGACUGCCUCUCUCCUGGGCCUCCUCUUGCCCCUCCACCUUCCUCCUCCUCCUUCGGGCGACCACCGCCUCCUUCAAGCCUCAACUCCCACGCUCAGCCCCUCUCACUCUCCACCUUCGACUUGGACAGGCUGUCGGACGAGCACCUUCGUGCCAAGCGCGCCCGCGUGGAAAACAUCAUCCGUGGCAUGAGUCACUCGCCACUGGUCCGGCCCAACAGCGACCACAACCAAGAAAGCAAUCGCGAAAACGAGAAUUGCAGCAACAACAGCAACGGCAGUAAUGACCACCGAAGAGACGGCAACAGCCACAACCACAGCCGGAGCGACGGCCCUUCUUCCCUCCUGAGCUCCCCAGGCUCGCGGGGCGGUGUGGUCGGCGAGGUUUACAGGGAGAAUAAGAGAAAGCAGCGUCUGCCACAGCAGCAACACAGCUUCACCCAGCUAGUGUGUUCCAGGCAGGAGCAGAGACAGGAAGAGAGACGGCAGCUCAAGCUGCAGCUGGAGGACAUGCAGAAACAGCUGCGUCAACUGCAAGAGAAGUUCUACCAGAUCUACGACUCGGAGACCGAGGAAGAGGAAGACAACGGCGAAGGUGGAGAGGCCGACCGAGGUAGAGAAAGAGAGGAGGACGGCAACUUGUCCGAGGACAGUAUCCGCUCUGAUGGCCUGGAGGAGAGGCACAGAGACAGAGGGCGGCGUAGCAAUGACGACCUGUCUGAGCUGGACCCAGGCCUGUUCCUGGACCGGGCCCGAGCCCUCCUCCGAGAACAGGCCCUGAUAGACGGAGAAAUGGAGGACGAUGUGAACGGCAGGGAGGUGGUGGAGAGGAAUGUAGAGAGGGUGAUGAAGAGGAGAGAAAGAGGAGGAAGGCAGUUAGCAGAGACGCUGAAGCAGGAACUCAGCUGUGCCGUGUCGCAGGUCGUCGACACUGUCGUCAAGGGUUUCUCCUCGCCCAAGGCCGUCAGUCACCACCAUGGCUGCCACAGCAGCACACCAGCAGCACCCUCCUCUUCCUCCAACUCGUCCUCGUCUUGUCCUCCACCUUUCGGCCCCCUCCCCUCCCUCACCCCGGACUCGCGCUUUGGCGGAGGCGCCCUGGCCCUCAGUAUGAACGGCGACGGCAGUCCGACCCCCAACUAUCACUCCUCCACCCAGCGGCUGCAUUGCUUCGGCGAUGUAAUCGUCCCGAGCCCGCUGGAUUCAUUCGGUGGUUUGAGUGGCAGACUGAGCGGUGUGCCGACGCACAACGACCAAACAGAGGCACUGCCACUGGUGGUGCGCAAGAGCGGCGGAGGAGGUGGACGAGAGAACACUAACCUCUCUCUCCCUCCUCCUCCUCCUCCUCCUCCUCACCACCCCUCCCUCCACCCCUCUCCUCUCACGGCCUCGCUUGGGUUUAGCCCUCCAUCCUUUCGCCACCCGUUCCCUCUCCCCCUCAUGGGUUACCCCUUUCAGAGCCCCCUUUCACACGGAGGUGGAGCCGGCUACCCUCCAGGGCCCAAGGACCAUCAUCGGUCCUCCCCCGAUUCUAUGGACAUGACCCGGGAAGCUGUCAGCCUCAGAACCAAAAUGGCAUCCCUCGGAGGGGGCCAUCUCAGUCACCACCACCACCACCACCAUCAUCACAGGCAGAGCUCACCAGGCCAGCAUGGGCCGGAGGCUCUGUCCCUGUCCCUCAUUAAGUCUGAGUGUGGGGACCUGCAAGACAUGGCCGAGAUAUCGGCUUACUCAGGCAGCACCGUAUCCUUAUUAUCGCACAGAUGUGUGAGUGUGUGUGUGUGCUUUAAAUCGUUUUACUCUUGUGUUAGAUGUCGGAGUGUGCAGUUGUGGGGAUCUGGGAGAAAAGAAGACAGAAAAGGCCACUGCAAGAUGCUGUUCAAUCGCUGCAUCACCUCCCAGCUGAUCAAGUGGUUCAGCAACUUCAGGGAGUUCUACUACAUCCAGAUGGAGAAGUUCGCCCGGCAGACCAUCAACGAGGGUGUGACCGCCUCAGAGGAGCUGGUGGUGAGCCGCGACGCCGAGCUCUUCAGGGCGCUCAACAUGCACUACAACAAGGCCAACGACUUUGAGGUCCCUGAACGAUUUCUGGAGGUUUCCCAGGUGACUCUUCGUGAAUUCUUCAACGCCAUCGUGGCUGGAAAGGACGUAGACCCGUCCUGGAAGAAGGCCAUCUACAAGGUGAUCUGCAAACUGGACAGCGAGGUCCCUGAUGUGUUCAAAUCCCCCAACUGUCUACAAGAACUCCUCCACGACUGACUGGGGCGAGGAAGGAAACACGGCGAGCAGGACAAACCUCCAAGGUCCGAGAGAAGACUGGAAGAGAGCGCGACUUUGACUGGUCUUCAGUAAAAAAGACGCUCAGAACGCCAUGCAGAGACUUGAAGUGGUUCUACUUGGAGGCUUCUAGAGGUUUGUUGAUUGUUGUUUUUGGUCAGCACAACUUUUAAAGACAAAACUGCCCUCAAAAUGUUUUAUAAAGAAAAAAAAAAAAUCCCUCUUGAACGAGGCAGAGGGCUCAGAGUCAAUGGUGAGACUUUUAUAAAUUAAAGCAAAAACAGUGAGAAUUGAACGUCCUUGCACUUACAGAAAAGCUCCUCCGUCUUCUCUUUCUCCUCCGCCUCGUCCAAGCUCGCUCUUCAUCCUUCUUUGGAGGAACGUAGAGAUGAGGAAGAUGAUGGAGCAAUCCUCAGCCCGUGAAUGAGGAUCGAACUAAAAAUAAAGAUAAUAUAUAAAAAAAAUCUUUUUAUUGUGGAUGUUUUUAAGUUACAUGGACAUUUUUUGAGAAAAAAAAGUGAUGUUUCUGUAUUUUUUCUCCUUUGUAUAAUCUUACUCUUCUAUGAACCCUCAGUCACUCGCAUAGAUAUACAUGCACACACAAACACACACUUACACAAGUCUUGAAUAGGAAAGCACAGUAGCAUUCCCAAAUCCUCACCUGAACCCAGACAAAAUGGACAUGAAUAAACUUAGUUGUUGUUUUGUCCCCUCCUCUUUUUACUCCUCCCUCUUCUUCCUGUACUGAGACUUACUGGGUGUUUGUUUUGACUGUGUGGCUCUCCCUGCCCCACCCUUCCCUGGCCGCCCCUCUUGGCUCAUGUUGCAUUCAGGCAUCCAGAGCAUCGAAGACAAAAAAAACACGUAUUUAAUUAUUUUUUAAAUCCGUCAGAUCUAGAUACUACCAGUCCACGACAAACUAUAUCUUGUCCAACGAAACUAUUAUUUACAGUAUUUUCAAUAUAUAGCCCUGAUGCUGGAUAAAGUCAGGACACAGCACUGAUGACAUGUUACUGUUAUAACAAGUUUGGCAAUUGUUUUAUAUAAUUUGAGUUGGAUGCUUCAUUUGUCCAUUAUCUUUCUCAGAAUAUCUAAUCUAAAAAUCACAUUUACAUAAAUUUGUGAUUUCAGCGUUGCUGCAAAGUGGAUUUACUGUUUUGUAAAUCAAACUAUUAAUUCCAAUUUCAUGUGCUGCACAUCAUUCCCACAUGAUGCAAACACAGUGAUCAUUCUGGGACGGGCUAACCAAUCUUUCAUGUACUGACUGAGGAUUUUAACACUUUUAAACACACGGUCGACUAACGGUGGUACAAUCAGCCGUUCUUAGAAUUGAGUUCAUAAAAUCAGAGACUUCAAAAUGUCCAUUUGAACCCCCCUUCAGUAGAAAAACUGGUUUUCCUCUCUGCUCUGGGGGGCCAAGAGGAGCAGCUGCAGCGGCCGGGUCAUGUGUGAAGUGUUUAAGGUUUUAACAGCAGAAAAAAAGACAUAGGACAAAAUGCUGAUAUUUGUAGCUUGUAUAGAUGUAACAAUUACUCUGAUAUUGUUAUUAUUUAUAAUUGAAAUAAUUAUUCCUAUUAAUGUUAUUCUGAUGAUGAUUAUUAUUAAUGCUUGCUACAGAUUUGACCAGUGGUUUUACUUAUUGUUUAUCCAUCACACUGCAACAUGAAAUAAAUUAUUCUUUGAAAAAAAAUAAAAAAUAAAUGUGUGAUUGUCCGUUUCUGUUCGCCGUGCGACUCAGCGGAGGUGUAGACAGCGUUGACCUGCCCACACACAGAAAAUCACCUUCAACCCGAGCAGUAACUAGGCAACAUGAUGGCCACUUUACCUCCCUCUCUCUGGGUUGUGCAUGGCGGACAUGUGAUCCCUUGUUGUUGUUGCUGAUGAAUUGAAAAGAGGAGCGUUGUGCGAUUAUUGUCAGCACAAAAGCCUCAAAAAGCUGCUGACGCCUAGAUUAGCCAGUACAAAGACACAAGGACAGACACACACACACCCACACAAAAAGACAUAGGUGCAGACUCACACUCACACUC